AUCCAAAAUAAAUUUCUAAUUGGCUUGGGUCCUUGGAAGAAGACAUGAAAACCGUAUGCAAGAUCAUCUAAAACACAUACUUCUGGAAUAUCAUGUGAUUACUCCAAUAUUAUUUUGGUCACUUGAAUUUACAAAUUUACGCCCACUAUCUUGUAACUGUUGAAGUCUCUUAAAGAAACUGACCUUGAGAAGAAUUAGUAGAUGACAUUUUAGUGUGACAAGGCAUCAGCUUUUUCUAGAAACAUUAUCUUUGAACAUGGUACUAUUCAACCAAGCAUAGAAAUGUUCUUAUUGUCAAGAAGCCUCAGUAAUCAAGGAGCCUUUUUUUUUUCCCUCUUAUUUCAACAAUGCCUGAGUUAAGACAGAAGACCUGUGGACUGUCUUCCCCUAAGAAAUCAUUUACAAUGAAGAUCCUUCUCUUUUUCUCUACUUUUCUCUUCUUCGGUGUCUUCAUUCCACCAGUGGGAUCUGGCCAAACUGUUGGCAAUUCUGAUUCAUCAUCAAAAAUCAUGUGUAGACGGAAGCUUGAGACACUUUACUCAGAGGCAAGAAAUUCUUCCACAACAUCUGAAAACACACAGUAUGGUACAGAAGAAAAUAAAACAGCAAAAAGAAAAGAGCAUACUGUUGCUCUUAAUAGGAGACUAGCAUGUACAAUGCUUGGUGGUCAAUGUAAAAAUAAAUGUGGUGAAAAAGAAUUUAGGAUUAUAUAUUGUGAAAGGCCAACAACUCUUUGCUGCAUGAGAGAAUGUGACUCUAAGAAGUAAUUGAAGAGAGCAAUUCACAGAAAGAAGACCACGUGAACUAUCUUCUAAUUACUUCUACUAUUUCCUUCACAGCCUAGUAUUUCUGUUCAUAACUGUCUCUAAAAAAUAAAGAAUUAAAUAAAAGUUAUUUCAGCCAGA